AAACGGAACACGAAGAUCCGAUCGGCGGAGGUGCAAAACUCUUUAUCUUUAUAAGAAAGAAGAUAUUUGAGACAUUUAAAGCCAUACAUGAUCACAUCUGAUACUUAUUCACAGCUUUAAAGAGAAGACAAACGAUGGCAGAAUCUUCACCAACAUCACCCAAACAGACCAGGAGAAAGAGUAUGGAGAGAGUUUCAUCUCUGUCAUCCUCCAAUGUUUCUCUGUCUGAAGAGCUUCAGUGUUGUAUUUGUCUGGAUGUGUUCAGUGAUCCAGUCAGCACUCCAUGUGGACACAACUUCUGCAGGAUCUGUCUGAAACAGUACUGGGACAACAGUCAGAUCUACAGCUGUCCAUACUGUAAAGAAACAUUCAGUAAAAGACCAGAGCUCAACAUCAACACAACACUUAGAGAGGUCACGCUGAUCUUUAAGGAAAAGUUCAGUCUGAGAAGAUCUGAAGUCCUCUGUGACAUCUGUGAUGAAAGAAAACUGAAAGCCCUGAAAUCCUGCCUAACGUGUCAGACAUCUUACUGUCAAACUCACCUGGACCUUCAUGAGAAAAUUAGUUUAAAGAAACACAAACUGCUGGAUCCUGUGGAGAAUAUAAAGGACUAUAUAUGUGUGAAACAUGAGAGACCUCUGGAGCUCUUCUGUAGAGAUGAUCAGACAUGUGUUUGUCUGUUUUGUGCUUUUGGAGAUCACAAGAAUCACAACACUGUUCCACUGGAGGAGGAGAGUGAAGAGAAAAAGACUCAACUGUUAAAGACACAGACAGACAUUCAGCAGAUGAUCCAGAAGAGAAUCAAGAAGAUUCAAGACAUCAAACACUCAGCAGAACUCAGAAAAAGAAGCAGAGAGCAGGAGAAAGCAGCGAGUGUUGAGCUCUUCAGUGAUCUUAUCAGAUCCAUUGAGAGAUGUCAGACAGAGCUGCUGGAGAUGAUGGAGGAGGAACAGAAAGCAGAAGAGAAACAGGAUGAAGAUCUCAUUAAAGAUCUGGAGCAGGAGAUCACUGAGCUGAAGUUGAGAGACAGUGAGCUGGAGAAGAUCACACACAGUGAAGAUCAUCUUCAUCUUAUACAGAUUGACUCAUCAUCCCUGUCCAGAGCUCCAGACAUGAAGAACUGGUCUGAGAUCAGUAUGAAGACUCAUGUGAGUGUGGAGACUCUGAGGAGAGCUCUGACUCAACUACAGGAGACUCUCAAUGACAAACUCACUCAAACUGUGUUGAUGAAGAUGCAGCAGUAUGCAGUGGAUGUGACUCUGGAUCCUGAUACAGCUCAUCCAAAUCUCAUCCUGUCUGAAGAUAGAAAACAAGUGAAACAUGGAGACAUUAAACAUGAAGUCACAGAUAAUCCAGAGAGAUUUGAUUAUUGCCACUGUGUCCUGGGAAAAGAGGGAUUCACCUCAGGGAGAUUUUAUUUUGAGGUUCAGGUGAAGGACAAAACUGAAUGGGAUUUAGGAGUGGCCAGAGAAUCUAUUAACAGAAAGGGAGACAUCACACUGUCUCCUGAGGAUGGAUUCUGGACUGUGAUGCUGAGGAAUGAGAAUGAAUAUUGGGCCUGUGAUGAUCCCUCUGUCUCUCUGUGUCUGAAAGUGAAAACACAAAAGGUUGGGGUGUUUGUGGAUUAUGAGGAGGGUUUGGUUUGUUUUUAUGAUGUAGGGUCCAGGUCUCAUAUCUACUCUUUCACUGAUCAAACUUUCACUGAGAAAAUCUUUCCUUUCUUCAGCCCAUGUCCUAAUGAUGAAGGUAAAAAUUCAGCUCCUCUGUUCAUCUCACCUGUUCAUUACAACAAAUAAAUGAACAUCUAGAAUAUAAAACACUAAGUUAAACUAAAGCUUUAUGAAUAAUAAAAAGUAGGGAUGCUCCGAUCGAUCGGCCGCCGAUUGUAAUCGGACGAUAACGGCAUUAAAUGACGCGAUUGAUUCUGUUUACUUUUUACUUUUCUGUUUACUUUUGGUCAUCAUCAGUGCACGUGUAGAGAAUGAUCCUUCCAACGUCUUAAAGCUGCAGUAUCCUAAUUCAUCUCUCAAUGAAAUGACUCUCUGCUCAUCUGUCGUACUUCAUACGAAUGCGUGUAUAUUUAAUUUAUACAGUAAAGACUGAAGUGUUUUAUCUUAAUUACUUUUAACAGACAUAAACCUUUUUAAAGGCAUAUUACAUUUCUCUUUGCAAGAAGAAAUAUUUGUUGUGCUUAUUUAUUUGAAUGUCUAUUAAAACAAUAAUAUACCUAAUUUAUAGUUAGUUUCAUUUCUACAAAUGGUGCAAACUCUGCUAGAUUAUAGAUAAAAGAUUCCCAUUCCACUGCCAUUCUGUGAUCGGCACUGAUCGGCGAUCAGCAGAUCAUGAUCUUCGUAAUCGGUGAUCAGAGCAUCUCUAAUAAAAAUAAAUUAUAUUUACACAUCGAAUAGUUAUAGAAUUUAAAAUUCUACAUUUCUUCCAAUUUUGUAAUGUAUGGCAUCGGAAUAAAAGAGUUAAAAGUUACGUGAAAAGUAAUUUUACUAAAUUUUGUAUUUUUAAAUAAAGCUGCCGUCGGCAACUCUGGAGGAUUGAGCAGUUUCCAAAUGUUUACAAUUUCAUGUCCCUCCCCCACUACCAUCGAGCAACCUCCCUUCAUGAGCUCGUCCUCGUCAGCGCGUGUGCACCAGUAUUAUUGUGAACGCAUACUUAGCAAGAAUACUUAGAUAACUUGCAUAACACUCCGAAAUACAAUAAAUGGUUGAUAAAGCACAAUUACCUGUAGAAAAGAUAUGGCAAGCUCUGCAUCCAGCUUGAACCCUUAGAUUCAAGGGUUCUUAUAGAUUCCGCCGCCUUUCAAAUGCUGGUCCAAUAUUGAUCCUAGUUUUAUUAAGGUCAAGGUCGCUUUCUAUCUUUGUUUCCUUCUUUUCAUUGGUUGUUUUCCUAGCUCUGGUUGUUAACCGAGGAAUCGAAAGUUUAUUAGUGAAAGUUCUCUUCGCCAUUACGCUGCGUUUAAUCCGACACGCUUGUGAACUUCAGACGGAUGCUCGUGAUAGUGUAACGCGCGUAAGGGGGAGGAGGAUCUGUGGCGCGUGCAGGUACUGUGAUUGACAGGCAGAUUUUACACAGCCCUGCGCUGAUUGGACCAAAUAAACCGUCCUGCGCUGAUUGGACCAAAUGAACCGGGAGCGGUGGAUUUUUGCAAAACAAAUAACAGGCUCUAGGUGGAGCUAGAAGCGCAGGGUUUUUUCUUAAACAGUCUAAUUUAUGUUGUUCUGUCGGAGCAUAGUAUUGGUUUCAGUGAAUAUGGUAAAAAAAUAUGAUCAAAAUAGUUGCUGACCGCAGCUUUAAAUAAAUCUUGAAUUCAUGUUGUGUUGGUUCAUUUAAGUUGAUUCUAAUAUUUAAAUCACAUUAAUAUUAACUUAAGUUAUAGCCCCCAUUAUAAAAUCAAAAUAUUUUCCACAGAAAUCAUCUGUAAUAAAUAGCCAAAGUCAAGGUUAUAAUGUUUUUUCACCUGUGUUUUGCAUGUGAAAGAAACUGAAUCCCACACAAACAUUACAGUGUAAAUGCUAAGAUUAAGAUUGAUUUUAUAUAUAACAGAAAAUCUAUAUACAUUUAAAACAUGGUAGGCUAAUGUUUAAAUGUUUUGCUUCAGUGUUUAAAUGUCAGACAAUCAUUAAAAUGUGGGAUAAAUGAAGAGAACGGCAGCAGAUAUAGCAUCCUUUUUCAGAAAGGGUAGCAAGAAGCAGCCAAAUAUCUUUUUUAAUAAAAUGCAUUUCAGUAGUCUACAUAAUUAACAUGAUUUUCUGGUCUUUAUACUUGAUUGUUUUUUUUUUUAAGUUUAGCAAUGGGAAAUAUAAAUUGUGGUUUCAAAGUUUUAAAAAAAACAUGAGGAUGAAUUAUGACUAUAAAUUGUAUGUGAAUUUCAAUUCAUUUUAAUUUAAAUUAGAAAGUAAUUGCAUGUUAUAUAUCAUUUUGAUUUCAUAUCUAUACUACUUAAAAGUAUUUUAAGGUUGGAUGAUUGAUAUGUUUGUAUGCAUAAUGACAUUUUGAAAGACAUCAAAAAACAUGUUACACAGUGCACAUCUGAUUAAAAUAAAUGUAAUAAACAA